AUGGAUACGAAGAAGCAGGGCACUAAAUUCACUACAGCACCCAUACCAUCGGCUGCAGGUGUGAUGACUACCCGCCUACCCACGGAAUAUGACCAUGAGCUACCACCUAGUACCGAGUCGAGUUCGACCUUCCACAUCUACGAGAAGCACGCAUGUCAUAAGAGCAUCACACCAGUCCUCGAUCAUACACUGGAACGACGGUCUGGCCCAACGAUCAAAGAACAGAAGGCUACACACAAGGAAAAGAAAGAGCGUCAAGAUGCUGGACUGCCUAGUGUAGAACCAGACGAUAAUGCUUUCUUCCUUCACCGACCAUAUCUCGCUUUCCACGUACCGCCUCGCGUCCUUUACACAGGCAGUAGCAAGUACACCGCACAGCCAGCUAUCCUGAUACACGAAGGCUGUUUCUGGAAAGAGUAUAAACUCCAACUCCUCCCAUCCAUUUCCGGUAUACUUGACCCACGCGGUGUAGUACCAUGGCGUCACAACGGCGGUGACAAGAAAGCGCAGAAAGGCGAUCACCACAAGCUCAAGGGCUACAAAAUACGGACGUGGAGGCUGUGGGGUGAGACGGGGAAGGAUUACGUUCGCUCCGUGGAAAACAUCCGCAAGACGGGCGAAGGAACAGAUCCCGAUGUUAUCACCAGGACGAGUGGCAAGCCAGAAGGACCUGCGACAGCCGACGAAGUGGUGUAUCUGCGUUGGAAGAACCCUCUCUCACGUCAGACGAGAUGCUAUCACUUCCAAUAUGCUGGUAUUGACUUCUUCUGGAAAGGAACUGGUUCUGUCAAGGAGACUCGAACGUGUGGUGUCUUGUUGCGGUUCAACCAUCUGAAGCUAGUCGCUAGGCUACCUGUCGCCGAAGAGAAGAAAGAGGAUCGAGAUGAGGUAUGCUUGGGGCUGUACACGUCGUCUGUUGCGAGUAGAAAGAAUGGACGUUUGGAGUUCUUCGAUGCUGUUAUCUUGCGUUUGGUUGAUGAAUAUGCGCCUGAUGUGCUUGCUCGGAGUGGGGAAGGGACGGAAGAGGAAGAGGUGGAAAGUGCGAGAAUCUUGCGCAUGAAGAGGAGUAGGUUGUAUCAGGUGUUUGUGGCUACUGCUAUGUGUAUGAUCAAGAGUGAGAAGGAAAAGAGACAUACUUUGUUGGAUUUGCUGGUGAAUGUUGCUGAAGGUGGUGCGGGUGGCUAG